GCAUUCUCUCGUUAUCGCUUCGUUUCUCUAAAUGGGUCUGCGUAAUUUCGACUCCUUAUGAGCUUCCUCUGCUUCAGUCACUGAAGCUGCCUCUGUUUCGCUUUCUUCGAUGAAGUCUUGCUCCAAAUCACGUUGUCUUCUUCUGUGGGCUUUAUUGUUUUAUUUCACACCCACCGAGGAAUGCAGGGAUUAGUGUUUUCGGGUUUCAUUCAAGUUUCCCGCUCUGUAAUGGAAUGAAAAUUUUCUCAAGGUCUCAUUUUCUUUCGUCUUCCAGGAAGUAAAGAUGAAUACGAGGGUCCGGACGACUUUGCAGACCAUGAAAGCUCCAAUGCAGAAUGAAAAAAAGGAUAAGAUGGAGCAGCAGGGGAGCAAAUUGGUCUAUUCCGAAAAACCAAGUGCAAAUCGAAGUCACUCGAGCAAAGAGAGGAAAAUGGCCUUACUUCAAGAUGUUGAUAAACUAAAAAAGAAGCUUAGAUAUGAAGAGAAUGUGCACAGAGCAUUGGAGAGGGCUUUCACAAGACCUUUGGGUGCUCUGCCUCGUCUUCCUUCGUAUCUCCCUCCAUACACACUGGAGCUUCUUGCAGAAGUGGCUGUUUUGGAAGAGGAAGUAGUUCGGCUUGAAGAACAGGUUGUGAAUUUCACAAAUGGCCUUUAUCAGGAAGCUGUCUACAUCUCAUCUUCCAAAAAGAGCAUGGAGAGUAUGACUGAUUUGUAUGAACACCACCAAUGUAGAAAUGCCAAACAGGAGCAACCCAAAUCUUCAUCUCAAGCUGAAGGCAAUUUGACAACGUCCGUGGCCAGGGUUCCACCUUCUGUGCCAGGAAAUUCUUCAGAUUUGUCGAAAUUGGUUUCCGACACUGUUUAUGAUCGAAAUGGGCAUUGUUCCAAUCCCCCCACAAAUGUGAAACAACCAGUGAAGAAACCACAUGGCUCUUUGGCUUCUCCAGAAGACAAACCGGGCAAGGAAAAUCAGUCCUGCCCUAAUUCUUCUAAGAACAAUAAACAAUCCCCAAAGCCGAAAUCCCCAAAAACCAGACCGCCAGUGAAGCGAGCUCUGAAUGAGCCUAGAUCAGAAGAAAAGAACUUGGAUCAUUUGAAGUUACAGCUAGAAUGCAAUGUUGGAGUCCAAGAAAGGGCAGAGGAGAGCACUCUCACUAUUCCUGAAGAAAUGGUAUCAGUUGAGAGUAGUGGGCCAAAUAAAAUCUCUGAGGAUAUUCUUAACUGCCUAUUGAGCAUUUACUUAAGGAUGCGCACAACAAAGAUAAGGUUAAAGGAAUCAGAGAUGUUGCCACCUUUACUGGCUCCGGCAUGUCAUGAAAGGUGUGAAUUAACAGAGACCCAAGACCCCUAUGGUGUCUGUUUAGAAUUCGGAAAGAGAGACAUUGGUCCAUAUAAGCAUCUGUCUGUCAUUGAGGCCAGCUCAAUUGAUAUAAACCGAAAAACAAACUCUUUUUUCCUGAUACACAGAUUGAAGCUUCUCAUUGGGAAGCUUGCUUCAGUGGACUUACAGGGUCUUAAUCAUCAGCAAAAGCUUGCAUUCUGGAUCAACAUCUAUAAUUCCUGCAUGAUGAAUGCAUUCCUAGAGCAUGGGAUACCUGAGAGCCCCCAGAUGGUCGUUGCACUGAUGCAGAAGGUGAAGAUAAAUGUUGGUGGGCAUUUGCUGAAUGUAAUGACAAUUGAGCAUUUCAUCUUGAGAUUGCCUUAUCACUCAAACUAUUCCCACUCUAAAGGUUCAAAAAAUGAACAGAUGGCAGCAAGGAACAUCUUUGGACUAGAAUGGUCUGAACCUUUGGUUACAUUUGCCCUCUCCUGCGGUAGCUGGUCCUCCCCUGCUGUAAGAGUUUACUCCGCAUCUCAAGUUGAAAAUGAGCUAGAAGCAGCGAAGAGAGACUAUUUGCAAGCAGCAAUUGGUAUCUCAACAGAAAACAAAUUGGUGAUCCCCAAGUUGUUGGACUGGUAUCUACUAGACUUUGCAAAAGACUCGGAGUCAUUUCUGGACUGGAUCUGCCUGCAGCUACCUGAUGAACUCAGGAAGGAUGCAGUUAAGUGUAUUGAGAGAGGGAAAGUAGAACCUCUUUCGCAGUUGGUACAAGUAAAACCUUAUGAAUUCAAUUUCAGGUACCUUAUAAAGCGAUAGAAGCUGUCUUUUUUGGCUUUGGUAUGCUUGCACAUGGGGGUCACGGGAUGAAGGGUAUGUACACAGGCAAUAAUUAAAA